CUCAGCUAGGGUUUAAAAACUUGGGCUCUAGCCGGGAUCAAUUUGUGGUGUAGUUUCCUGCGUGUCAGUCGUUUAGACUAAACAAUAUUGAGCUUUACGGUAUUGUCACCCACCGACCGCGGCGUCGUUGAGAUCUCAACCUUCGAAGCCGUUGAACUCACAAUAUUGAGCUCGAUAACCUCAUUGAAUUGAACUCACAUCAUUGUUGAUCUCACAACAUUAUUGAACUUUUCAAUCUCGGUCACCUUGUGUUUACACCAUCAAAUUUAUCUUGUACCACAUUGGUGAGUUACAAGAUAAUUAAUGAGUUUAUAACACCACACCCAUUAUAACAAUUAAUGUUGUUUAAGUUGGGUCUUAUGGAUAUUGAUUUUCAGCCCAAACCACUUAGUCUGGAGAGGGACAUGCCGCCUCAACGAAGAGGGCCAUGUUCGUCUAAAAUCUAGAGGCACAUGCCGCCUCAACGAAGAGGGUCAUGUCCAUCUAGAAAUUGCGGAGCACAUGCCGCCUCGCGACCAAUACCGAAUGACUGAAAAAUAAACUAAGUCUGGAAGAGGUACAUGCCGCUUCAAGGAGAGGCAUGUGCCACUUCAACGAGAGGUCCAUGCCGCUUCACGAGAAGGGGCAUGGACGCGAGACAAGAUGAGACGUCCAUGCCACUGCACGAGAAGGGGAAUGAACGCAUGAAAAGAUACUAAGUAUGAGAGGGCCAUGCUGUGUCACGAGAAGGGCAACAGACAUGACUGAGAAGUCCAUGGCCGCGAAUGAGGAGGCCAUGUCACCUCAUGAUCCAAAAUAUACUAAGUCUGAGAAGGCCAUGCCGCCUCAUGAGAAGGGUCAUGUGCAUGAUUAAGAGGUCCAUGGCCGUGUCAUGUGAUGGCCAUGGACGCGAAGCAAGAAGCAUUAGAAAUGAUUGAAAAUACUAAGUAUGGAAAGGCCAUGCCGCCGCAUGAGAGGGGCCUUGUGCAUGAUUGAGAAGUCCAUGCCACUUCACAAGAGUGGCCAUGGACACGAAUGAGAAGGGCGUGGUGGUGGAGCACUAUAUUAGUAAUGACUAAGUCCCAAGUGGGCCAUGGACAUGGGUAAGAAGUCCAUGGCCAUGAGACAAGAGAACCAUGACCCCCUUUGCGAGACACUACAUGCUCGUCAAAAGACUAUCAUGGCACGAGAUUCAAAACAAGACCAGGCGAGGCAAGCUACACUCCAAAACCCACAAAGGUUCCUAGAGUGGCACCUAGGAGGUUGAAGGAGUAACCACCACUUUGAGGAAGCAGGGAGCGGUUCUUUUUGGGAGUUAUCCAAGAGGCAGUUUUCUACCGAAGAAGGAGGAGCGGUUCUUUGUAGCAGUUAUCCAACAAGCGGUUUUCUAUGGCGGUUACCUCCUCGAGGCUAUAAAUAAGAGGAGGGGUCGACAGAGACAGAGGUUCCAAAACCAACACUCUGACACACAUGUCAAUUUUAUCCUUUACCUUUUCUCUAUCAUGUAGCCAUAGAUGUAGUUCGUAGUUUGGAGCUCUCGCCGAACCUCGAUAGAGUAGAAGUAAUUUAAUUUAGAUCUUGUUCCCAAAAACCAUCAAUCAAACACCCUCAUUCGAACUUUGUUUGAAGAGAUUUGAUUCGUGUCUUAGAAAUCGUUGUCCAUAGAAGUCAAAGGUGUAAUCCAUCUCAAUUCAACAAGAGUUUUCUCGCCGGAAAAUAAAUUUGCCACACCUGGUGGGACCUUGUGUUUGAUUUGAUGGCUCCAAGACAGAGACAACAAGAAGGUGAUCUCUUACCUGGGCUUGUGAAGAAGCAUGUGGCUAAGUUUGAAUUUGGCCAAGAGAUGAAGGAUGUUUCCAGAAACAUUGGCAUGGCGGAGACUUUGUCACCGGAGGCACCAAGUGUUGAUAUAACCACCAACAUCAAGUUACUUCACAAGAUAUUAGAGGAAGACCACAAGAUAAUGGUGGAGAAUUGUCAAGCUUUGGAGGAGAAUCGCAAGAUGAUGGCAGAGAACCGUCAAGCCAUGGAGGAGAACCACAUGUUGAUGGCGGAGAACCGUCAAGCCAUGGAGGAACAUCGUUAUUCCUUGGAGGGAUGCCUAGUUAGCCUUUAUCUUGGUGCCCAACAAGUAAGCCUCCGCCUAGCAUCUCUCACUUCUCAUCUAGAUAAUCGUGUAAGUCAACUUAUAGAGUUGGUUAACAAAAAUAAUGAUGAUUUCAAUGAUUUGAAACACCUUUUGAUAAAUCAAGUGGUUCAAUCAAGAGAUUUGCCACUAGAUGGUACAAACUCUUCUGCUAAUGACCAGAAUGGCCAACUAUGGCAGAAGAGCUUGUCACUGCCAGUGGCAAGCAAACCACUCCCUCAAUGUGAUAGUUGUGUUGAGAGGUCCACCUCCACUCUGAACACCAAUCAUGGGGUCUUGCAUGUACAAGGUAAUGUUCAACCGCUUGUUCUCGAGACAAGAUCAGAUGAGACACUUGACAAUGGACGAGAUGGUGAAGAUCCAUUCAACAUGGAACAAGUACCACCACAUGCUUGCCCACCUGCGAAGCCACCCCUAUUGAGUAGACAAAGAGGCGAUUCUGAUGGACUCAAAACACCAAGAGCUUGGCAAGAGGGGCAUGAAAGUCUAACUUCCCAUAAGGUGAAGCCUAGAAGUCCAUCUAGGGGGCAUGUGGUGUCUAAGAGACCACAUUAAUCACAAGCAACACAUGCUUGUGCUAAGCAUGCUAAUUUGGCUAAGUUUGAAAAUGGGGGCAUGCAUCCAACCAAUUGUAGUGGAAAUUGGGGCAUAUCUAACAAGUCACGACACGAGAAAGCCAUAAAAAGUUAUUGCAGAUUUGAAAAUUUUGCUAAGUAUGGACAACGCAUGUCCCAAAAGUCAUAUGAAGUCCAAGCCACACAUGUUUGUGAUAAGCAUGCUAGUUGGCUAAGUUUGGACAUGGGGGCAUGUCAGUGUCACCCAUCAUGAAGUAUGAAGUAGGGUGCAUGUCUUGGAAGACACAACAGGUUGAAGACACUCAUGGCUUUUGUAAGUGUAAAAAUAUGAUUAAGUCUGGCAUGCCACCAAUCACAAACAGUGGACAUGGGGGCAAGUCCAACAAGGAAAAACGUGACAAAGCCAAAAAGAGUUAUUGUGGUCUUACGAUUACAAAUAUAGCUAAGUAUGGGAAAGAAGGCAUGUCACCGACCAUGAAUAAUGGGGUAGGGGGCAUGUCCAAUAAGGUAAAAGAAGUCCAAGCCACACAUGCUUGUGACAAGCAUGAAAAUUUGGCUAAGUGCGGACAGGGGGGCAAGUCCAUGUCCAUGAGUAAUAGGUACAUGUUACCAACCACGAAGGGUGGAAAAGGGGGCAUGUAUAAUAGGUCACAAUACAAACAAAUGAAGCAUGACCGCACAAAGAAAUAAGGAUGGUUAUGUGCUAAGUGUAAAGGGCAACAAGGUUUAGAUGUGGAAUGACAAAGGCAAAUGGACCACAUGAGUGCUAGCCGACUUGUCAAGCCUAGACAUCGUCUCCAACAACAUGAGGGGAGUAAGCAUGUUCCAACCAUGAGGGAACCAAGGCAGAGGAAUACUCAUGGUCGUCUUGACAUGGAAAGUGAUGUGGCUAAGGUAUAUGAGCAUGGGACCCUAUGGAAGGCCACCAAGGCUAGACAUGACGACUAUAUACCACCCACUGGUAAACUAGAAGAUUCGAAUUUAAUGUAUGGAGAGUCAUGUUCCAUGGGGGAAAAGAGGCAUGUGGUCUAUGGAUUGCUUGCCUGCUUUAAUCCAUGGACUUGGUAGUGGGUGUACACCUUUGGCGCAUUAGUUGUUGCCAAAGGCAAUGGAGAGCAGUGACUCUGUCACUCCUUGCCUUGUUAAAUAAAUAAAUCAAAUAUAUGCCUAUAUAUUAAAUAAAUAAAUAGUAGCUAACUAUUGCUAAACAAACAAAAAUAUAUAAGUAACAAAUUUGAUUUAGAGUUGUUAAAUUUUGAUUUGAAGAUCCCGUAGCCAAGUCAUUAUGAUGGCUUGGCAUGCCGAGUCAUAUAUCAGAUUAUGCCAUGCCCGUUUUGUUCCAAAUAGCCACAUGUUUGAGUGAUGACCGUGACAUGAGGGGUAUGGUGCUUUGAAGAUGAAUGAUGGCUAGCCACGCAAAGGAUUAGAAAAAAAUUCUAAGUGUUAUUGAACCCCAUGGUCAUGGAAGAGAUGCAAGUUGGUGCUUGUCCUAGUUACUCGUUGUGGCUAAGUAAUUUACUUCAGAAAAAAAAAGAGUUGACCAGCACAAGGACAAGCUAAUUCCUUGGCUACGCAUCUCUACUGCGAAACAUAAAAGGAGAGGGAUAUGAUUUUCUUAAAUUAAUUCUCUUCAUUGGCUGAAUUAAUUAAUUGUCCUCUUCUCGUUUGUACAAUAUUCUCGUUUGUACAAGAAGGAAAAAAUAAUGAAUUAUUUCAUUGUUCCUCUCGAGUUGGCUCAUAAGCUGACUAAGACAAGGUUUUUCUUUGUGAAGCCAAAUUUGGCUAAGUAACGAGAGUUGGCUUGCCAUCUAAGAUCAAUUUGGGAUGAGUGUGGUGCGACCACAUUUAGUGCCAUGAGAAUUGUCAAGUAUUUAUGUUCUUUAUGUAGGGUCACUGCUUUGCAAGGGUGGCCAGUCAAAUGGUUAAGGAAUUGAAGUUGGUGUCAACUACUUAGUCCAUAUUUCUUAUGCACUAAGUAGUUGGGGGCAUUUGUUUACACCAUAAAAUUUAUCUUGUACCACAUGGGCGAGUUACAAGAUAAUUAAUGAGUUUAUAAGGCCACACCCAUUAUAACAAUUAAUGUUGUUUAAGUUGGGUCUUAUGGAUAUUGAUUUUAAGCCCAAACCACUCAGUCUGGUGAGGGACAUGUCCGUCUAAAAUCUAGAGGCACAUGCCGCCUCAACGAAGAGGGCCAUGUCCAUCAAGAAAUUGAGGAGCACAUGCCGCCCUGCGACAAAUACCGAAUGACUGAAAAAUAAACUAAGUCUGGAAGAGGUACAUGCCGCUUCAAGGAGAAGCAUGUGACACUUCAAUGAGAGGUCCAUGCCGCUUCACGAGAAGGGGCAUGGACGCAAGACAAGAUGAGACGUCCAUGCCACUUCACGAGAAGGGGCAUGGACGCAAGAAAAGAUACUAAGUAUGAGAGGGCCAUGCUGUGUCACGAGAAGGGCCACAGACAUGACUGAGAAGUCCAUGGCCGCGAAUGAGGAGGCCAUGUCGCCUCAUGAGACAAGAGAACCAUGACCCCCUUUGCGAGACACUACAUGCUCGUCAAAAGACUAACAUGGCACGAGAUUCAAAACAAGACCAGGCGAGGCAAGCUACACUCCAAAACCCACGAUGGUUCCAAGAGAGGCACCUAGGCGGUUGAAGGAGUAAUCACCACUCCGAGGAAGCAGGGAGCGGUUCUUUUUGGGAGUUAUCCAAGAGGCAGUUUUCUACCGAAGAAGGGGGAGCGGUUCUUUGUAGCAAUUAUCCAACAAGCGGUUUUCUAUGACGGUUACCUCCUCGGGGCUAUAAAUAAGAGGAGGGGUCGACAGAGACAGAGGUUCCAAAACCAACACUCUGACACACUUGUCAAUUUUAUCCUUUACCUUUUCUCUAUCAUGUAGCCAUAGAUGUAGUUCGUAGUUUGGAGCUCUCGCCGAACCUCCAUAGGAGUAGAAAUAAUUUAAUUUAGAUUUCGUUCCCAAAACCAUCAAUCAAACACCCUCGUUCGAACUUUGUUUGAAGAUGUUUGAGCCGUGUCUUAGAAAUCGUUGUCCAUAGAAGUCAAAUGUGCAAUCCAUCUCAAUUCAACAAGAGUUUUCUCGCCGGAAAACACCUUGCGGCAUCAUUGAGUUCAUGACGCCGUUGAUCACAAGACUUUGUCGAACUUGCCAUCGGCGUUGAUGAGCUCUCAAAGCCGCUAGCUCGCUAUGGAAUCCGCGACGUUCUAGACCAAACAACGUCGCUUUUUGAUAAAAUUAAUUACUUUGAACUCGUGCUAAUUAAUUAAAUCAAAUUAAUUUUAGGUGUUGUUCAUAUUCCUAGUCGAAACCUGCCCGUUUACGUGUCUCAACCCAUGGAUAAGAGUUGGGAUAAGUUUUAUAAUCUUGAGUAGCAUGUAGAAGUAUCAAGUAGCAUCCAACUUCCCCGUACAUGAAACUUGGCAAUAUAUAUAUAGGCAGUGGCGGACCCAGAAUUGCCGGAGAGGUGUGUCGCCGAUAAAAUAAUAUAAUAAUUAAAAAAUUAAUUUAAAAAAUUAUUAAAAAAUUAAUAGAAAUUAAAUAGAAAUUACUAGAAAUUAAAUCAUAAAGUUCAUGUUUACUAGAAAUAUCUAUAAAUACAUUCAUUGCUUAUGUUGCGAAGCAAAUCCUUUUCGAUAUACACAACUAAACAAUGAUUCAUAAAUUGGUCACUCAACCGAUUUCAAAGUUCAUUCCUUAUUAUCUUCACAACUGAAAUCUUUCACAACUUUCAAUUGCAACAUGUAAAGUCAACACCAACUUCCAAAAGCAAGUAAAACUAAAGGGUAAAAGAAAAGGGAGAAGUGGUAGCGGCUCUCGGUAAUUAGAAACUAAAACGGGGUAAGGGUGAGUUUUUUAUUUUCAAUAAAGGAUGGCUCAAGGGGUGGAAAUGGUGAGUUUCAAAGGAUGGGGUUAUGUUUAUUUUUUCCAUUGUUGGGUUGUGGUAGGGAUAACAACCAAACCCAUGGUCGCGGGUACCCGACCCCCUCCGGCCCAGUCAACGUGGGAAUCCUUGCGUUGACUGGGUAUGGGGCGGGUAUUGAUAAAACCCUCAAAAAGGUUGAUGGGUAUGGGGCGGGUAUGGUUUUUGACUCUCCCGCCCCAUACCCAUACCCAAACCCGCCCACCAAGAAAUUAUGUUAUAUACAUAAAAUAUGAGGAGUGUAUUGUAACUUGUCAAUCGAAUGAAGGGUAAUUAAAAGAAAAAAUAAAGUGUUAAAAUGUAAUUGAUGACAACCAAACCGUAAUUUCAUCCUCUUAUGUAUUAGUUCCAUAAUUUUGGGUGGGUAGUAUCCAUAUUUGUCACCAUAUUCUUUUAUUAAUGGUGAGUAGUUGUUGAGGCGAUAUUACCCAUGGGUAUCCGAAAACCACGGUAUGGGGAUGAGUUUGUAAGACCUUCCACUGCAUGGGUAUGAGACGAGUAUGAGUUUGAAUAUUUGGAAAUGGGGAUGAGGUUGGUUUAGGCAAACCCGCCAUAUUGCCAUCCCUAGGUUGUGGUGUGGGUUACUCUAAAACAAGCAUAAAUAACUUUGAAACUUAUUUGAAUUUACUUAUUAUUGUGUAUUACUAAUUAAGAUAAAUAACUUUAUAACAAGCAAAUCAUUCUCGAUAAUGAGGUGUGUCGCUUAUAAUUAUUUAAGGUGUGUCGGAAGUUCUGAAUUAAAAAAAAUGUACCAAAAAUAUAUAGGUACUUUUCAAAAUUUUUGGGCGAGGGUGUGUCGGACGACACACCCUGCCCUUUACUAGGUCCGCCACUAUAUAUAGGUUGACGUAAUUGCCUAAAUCACCACUAACCCAGAACAAGCUCUAAAUUCUAAUAUUAUUCGGGCCGGCCCAGAGCGGAUCGGAUAUGCUCCUGCCACCUACUGUUGGGAGGACGUCCUGCCAGCGGAGAAUAUGAUAUUUGUGUAAUGAUAAUAUAAUAUACGAUUUACAGGAAUACAUAUUCGUCCAACAAGAAAAACGUAUUCUUAUAAUAGAUAGUAGUAUGAAAUCAAGCCUUCAAAAAUAUCAUAUUCUCAUAACAUAAAUAUCAUCAAGCCUUCAAAAAUAUCAUAUUCUUGAAAGUUUGAUUUCAUACUACUAUCUAUUAUAAGAAUACAUUUUUCUUAUUGGACGAAUAUGUAUUCCUGUAGAUCGUAUACUAUAUUAUCAUUACACAAAUAUCAUAUUGUCCACUGGGAGGACGUCCUCCCAACUAUAGGUGUCAAAACAUAGCCCGACCCGAUUAACCCGCCCGAUCAACCCGACCUGCAACCCGACCGCAAUCCGAAUUGACUAAAAGUCAACAAUCCGU